AUGAAAGGAAUAAAACUGAUUUUAUUAUUAUCAGUAUUAAUCACUUGCGCACGGAGCAAUCCAGUACCACGAAACUCACAAGAAAAUGAUACGCAACUACCUAAAAGAAAAGACGUACGAGCUCCUGUUAAACCGACGACAGUAGCCUCUGGCAACCCAGCAGGCAGCGAUAAACCCGAAGGAGGACACGAGGUACCAGUAGUAGCCCCUGGCAACCCAGCAGGCAGCGAUAAACCCGCAGGAGGACACGAGGUACCAGUAGUAACCCCUGGCAACCCAGCAGGCAGCGAUAAACCCGAAGGAGGACACGAGGUACCAGUAGUAACCCCUGGCAACCCAGCAGUAGCCCCUGGCAAGCCAGCAGAAAACGAGAAACCGGAAGAAGGACAGGAGGUACCAGUAGCCCCCGGCAAGCCAGCAGAAAACGAGAUACCGGAAGAAGGACAAGAGGUACCAGUAGCCCCUGGCAAGCCAGCAGAAAACGAGAAACCCGAAGAAGGACCGCAGGCAGGUAUCAAUGCGACAACUGUCACACCAGGCACAGAAAGCAGUUCUUCGGUCACGCAAGUUACUAUUCCUACGGAAGCAACUACAACUUUGUCACCAGAGGUUGAGAUCCAAAAUAUAGUUACGGCUGGCUUGGCUGAUGUUAAUUCUAAAAUUAAUACAACUCUGAUUAUUUCUUCGAUUGUAUUGGUAGCCGUCAUUGUUUCAGUACUUGGUAUUUACAUGUAUUCGCGAAGAUUUGCGCACUAG